AAAACCUAGUGUGUAGCGGUGUGCAUUCCCCAGUUCCACACAACCGUAGAACCCUCCUGUCCUAGCCUCUUCUCGCUUCCUGUUCUAUCUGCACGAUGUUCGGUUUCCUUGCUUCCCUUGCUAUCAUGGCUGCGGCCGUCACCACCGUUAGCGCGGAGCAGCACACGAUCAACCUGGUCAACAACUGUGGCUUCGGAACCCCGACCCUCAUCCUCAACGGUGGAAUCGUCUCCACCGGCGGCUCCUGGACUCACGGCGGCCCCAUCAACGGUGCCAUCGCGUACCUCCAGACCGGUGGCUGUGGCUUCAACGGUGAAAACUGCUUGAUGGUCGAGACCACGCUCGCGGGGGGCUUUUCCAGCACGGAUCUGACCCUCAUCCCGCCCCACGCGUUCUCCGUCACCACUGGUUUCGGAUACUGGGGCGGAUGUGACGGUGCGGGAGCUGACUGCACCGGGCCCAGCUGUGGCACCGCCUUCCACCAGCCCAGCGACACCUUCGUCCAGGUCGG